CGACGUUCGCCGCUACGGUACACACGCACAAUGCGCGCGAAUGCACGUCCCACGCCUCGUGUGCAGCGCGGAAUACGUGCGGGACACACGAGGAUGGGUGGUAACGUCCCACGCCGGGCCACGUACGUAUGUACGUACGUGCAGAGGUUCGCCGCGUCGCGAGUAAAGUAGGGAUACACCGGCGGUGUUCUCCAGGCAUAAAAGGUCCAUGCUUGGUGUAUGUCAGUGUCAGUGACGGCGAGAGGAACGGAGAGGAACGGCGGAGAAGUGAGCCCAAGCGAGUGUGGUCACCUAGAGAGCCAACGCGCGGCCCGAUCACAUCGCCGAUGCCACAUCGACUCGCGGUACCGAGCCGAGAACAUCGGCGAGCACGUAUCUCGCAUCUCUCACACAUUCGUGCAAACGAGCGAGAAAGGAUCACGACCAACAGAAGAAACGAGUUUGUAAACGAGGCCGGUCACCGCGACAGGCUUCAGUUCCAGCCUGCUCCGGAGAGAGAGAGAGAGAGAGACUCCGGAGUGGCGCAGCCGUGCGCGCUACGGAGAGGAGAGAGAGAGAGAGAGAGAGAAAGAAAGAGGGGGCGAGAGCGAGAGAGACAGAAGACAGUGUAACGCAGUUGAGUUGUAUGUAAGAACGCGAGUAGAGAGAGAACACACGCAAUAGUCAUCUCUAGGAGAGAACAUCGUCAAGUGCCGGUGAUAAGCGAGUACGUCGGGCGAUCAGUAGAGAUUUCCCGCGCGUGAUCUGAGAAGAUCGGGAAGACGACUGAAGAUAGAACGGUGAAGUUACAGUGAAACGGUAGGAUUCGAAAAGGACAGCGGUGUAUAUGUGUACGUUUCGGAAUUAUUCUCAACCAUUUUUAUCACAUUCCCACGACGCUCACGUAUUCUCGUGGAAAUCAUAAUCAAGCAAUCAGGCUGUGAACACGAACCAUCGCGAUGACCAUUCACAAGAAAGGCACGGUGUCGAAGACGAAAGGCAAGGGAGCGACGAAAAACGCGGUAGCCACGACCUCGACAUCCUCAGACAUGGCGACCACGGAGACCGUCGAGGUCGUGUCCUCGACCAGCGUGGUCGAGGAAUCGCGGCAGAUCACGGAGAGCGAGUCCAGAAGCAGCAUGGUGGAGGUGACGAGCGCCAGUCGCGAGGUCAUCAUGGAUUCUAAAGGUAACAUAAUCAAAGUCAUCGAGACACCCCCGCGCACCGUCGAGCAGAGCUCGUCCAACCGCAGGACCGGCAAGAGCUCACAAGAUUUCAUAGCCGGCGAGCAAAUGCAAUCGAUCAAGCAAGCGAAGACAACACAUGAGAAUUCGCGCGACGACGUGAAGUCCAUCUCGGGAAGUCGAAUUCUCCUUGGAGGAGACGUGACCGAAGAGCGAGCCAGUCAACAAUCUGUACAGACGCAAAGCCAAAGCGAGUCCCGUACAGUUCAACAGCAGUCGAUCUCCUCGAGCACCUUGAUGGAGAGCUCGUCAUCGAGCGAAGAUCGCAGCGGGCACCGGUCCACGGUCGCACGCAUCUCCCACGACACCAGGAAUGGCGAUCACGCUCCCAUGGUCCAGACAUCGUCGAGAUCAAACGAGAGCACUCAUAUGAGCAGCGAGACGAGCGAGGCUAUAACGAAGGGCGGCCAGACCGUCUCGAGUACGACGAGGAUUCGCGAGACCGGGGAGAAGAUCGACGACAACGGCAGAACGAUGUCUACGUCCAGCCGGGAAGUUGACAGCGAGUACACGGUUAAUCCCACAGACGCGAACGCUGUUAAACGCGUUCGCGACGACGUCGAGAAGAUCGGCGACAAAAGCGUGCACAUCAGCGACUCGAAGGCGGAGAAAUCGAAUGUUGAGAUAAUCGCGCGCUGCAACAAGCCCGGCCAGUCCACGUGGGACGGCACGUUCGUCUACGAGAAACCAGCCACCCCCAGAGGCAAAAGCACCCCGAAGAGCGUCGGGAAAACGGCUCGUGGCGACAAGGGCAGCGUGGACAAAGCGGUAUCGUUCACUACGAAGGUGCACGAUGAUACCAAGCAGGCCAGUGAUACGAGCGUUAAAGUUAUUCAAGAGUCGUCGUCGUCAUCUUCUUCGUUCACCGCCGAGGCGGUGACAUCAGUUAUCGAUCAGGUCGUGUCGUCGAGCACAGCUGUGACUCGGGACCAUAAGACCACAAUGAUCGACGAGGGUCGAUCGUCGUCCACAGCGAUCGAUCGUCGCGAUUUCAUGCAGCAAGGACUGUGUGCCACGGACUUCGACACGACGGAUUUCGCCGAUGAGCGGAGGCAUAAGACGAGUGAGAGGCAGCAUGUGAAGGGACCGGCUCGUUACGCCAAGCCCGGCGAGUCCACGUGGGAUGGCAGCUUCGUCGUGGAGAAAGCGACGGAGACGAAACGGCGGCGCAACGAUUCCGACGCCGACGUGUUCCACCGUCGUCACGACGAUGACGUCGUAGAGACAACACAGCGGAAGGACUUUAAGGAGAAGAGCGUGGACGGUACGUACGAGAGGGAGUCGUCUGAGAGGAUGCGCGUCGUGAAGGGUGCCACGGACAGCACGAGAUUCAUCUCCGAAGAGCGGUACGACGUAAGUCGAGAGAGUACGAUCCACGUGGACGAUUCGCCAUCGAGUCCGCCUCGUCGGAGAGCCGCCAGACCAGGUGACUCCGCGUGGAGCGGCGAAUUCAUCCGCGAGAGGACACCAGACGACACGAGGAAGAGACCUGCCGACCUCACAGUGGUCCGACGAUCGGAGAAGUGUCAUGAUUCCGUGGACGUUGAGGACGUCACUGAGGACAUCUCGAACAUUUCCGAGUCGGUUUCAACUUCUUACAUCGUCGAGUACGCGAACGCCAGCGACAAGAAAAACGUUGAGAAGAUCACGUCUGUGUCCGAGGUGAUUGCAGAAGAAGAUGGCGAGAGCAAGAGUACACGUGGAAGUCCCGAGAAGCAACCCAAAGCGGGGGACGUACCUUCUCGCUGCUACAAACCCGGCCAGUCCACGUGGGACGGCACCUUCGUCUAUGAGCAACCGAAAACACCUGAGAUCCGUCGCAGACCUGAGGAGAAACGUACCGUCAAGACUGUCGAUAUCCGGGACGUCACGGAGGAUAAUUCGAUUAACGAAGCAGAUGUCACGAGCACUUCCUACAUCGUCGAGCAUUCGUCGAGUCAGCAGAGCUUCUCAGAUGUCAGGGACGCCAGUCUUUCGUCCAGGAUCUAUGAGACGGUCAUUUACGAGGGUCACCCCGUUGAGAUGACGAUCAGAAUUGAGGAAGAUUCUCCUCGAACCAAAAUUUCGACGACGGAGCGACAGACUAGCCCUACUAUGCGUCCUAGAAGUCCCGAAAAGACACCUAAGGAGAGAGAGUUUCGGGACACGAAACCCGGAUCAUCAACGUGGGACGGGACUUUUGUGCGGAAAAAACAGCAAGAGAAGAAGCGACCACCUAGCCGAGAAUCCGUCGAUGACAGACUGUCGGACCGUCCGGUUGACAGCUGGAAAACGUCUCCGGUAGACACGCCGAAGAAGCACGUCAGCGAAACCACUAUCGACCUGCGGGAUGUCACGCGAGAUGUAUCUAGCACGUCGGAGAUCCUGGAGAGCUCCGUCGUAAUGGAACAAUCGAAGCUACACGAAAGUUACACGGACUCUAGCAACCUCGGCUACUCUACCUCCUCCGUAGAGACUGUGAUCAUCCGCGACGGACAGCCAGUGACGUCCACGCAAAAAACCGUGACCGUUCAAGAGGGCCCUCGCAGCCCCGUGAAGAGACUGGUCGGCGGUGACGUAAUCACCGCUACUGACGUUAAAGAGAGUACUAUUAAAAGCUCCGAGAAGAAGGAGUCUUAUGUCGAGGACAGGAGUUACCGACCUGCGAAACCAGGUUCAUCGACAUGGGACGGCUCGUUCGUGUACGAGAAAUCGGGAGAGAAGAGACCGACUGACAGGAGGAUACUGAAAGAUGCAGCUGAGACCGUAGACAAGCCGAGUCCACUCAAAAGACCAAGCGACGUCACCGAUCACAGGACGUCUGUUCUGAUAUUCGAGGAUAGGUCGAAGGAUGCGACGAGCUCGAUCGAUUACACCACAAGCUCUGUCAAGCUCGAGCAAACGCUCGUCACCGACUCAAAGACAUACGAUCAUACAACGUCUUCUCAAACCCUCGUCGAGGAUACUAGAAAAGACAAAACUCUGUCGAUUGAUUAUGACAAACUGAGACGGCCGUCCGAAGAGAGGCUGACACCGUCGCCUCGGAAGCGUCCAGACGACGACAAGGAAGCUCCCGAAAGAGUGCUAAAAAGCCCAGUGGACAGGACGCAUCGACCGUCGAAGCCAGGUGCCUCCACUUGGGAUGGAUCUUUCGUCUACGAGAAGCCACAGGAUUCGCGGAAGAAACCCGCGAUCGGAGAACCGACCGACGAGACGAAAAAGCCGACGGACAAACCGAUCGGGGAAAAGAAACAGACAGAUCGCAGGGAACAGCCGGUUGUCCCGACACCGAUCCCCCGAAAGACAACGGAUGACAAAAGACAGCAGGACGUUACGGCGAUCAGAUAUGCCGAAGAUAUUGCGGAUGUCACGAGCACAUUCGAAGUGGUGCAGCAAUCCACUUAUGUGGUCGAUCAAUCUUCGAGCUUCACUUCCGUGCAAGACGUCCGCGAUGUUAAGGACGAACGUGUCAUCACUGAAUUCACAACAGACACGCGCAAGGAUACGAGAGAUGUCACCGAGUCAACGAGGGAAUUUAUCGACAAAGAGCAGGUGACUAGCAUGGUAGCGCGGGAUGUCGUCGACGAUACCCGAUUCGAUACCAUCACUGGCCACGUGCCCCAAACUCCGGUGGAUUCCACGAAGAAACCGUCGCCAGAGCGGCCCGGCUAUCUUCGCGGAAUACCCGGACUCAGGGAAGACGAUCGACCGAAACCGAUCCCCGCCGCUGGGAAACCUAGCCGACCUCCGCGAGAGCGCGAGAGGAGUCCUCAGCGACCGGCGGAACAUGGCAGACCUUCCGAAGUUCGAGCAAAGUCGCCCGAGAAGCCUCGGGAUUACACGUUGCCGAGCAGAAAACCGCAACCGGCAGCCGGUAAGCCGAGUCGACCCGAGGAGAGAGACGUGGCGACCAGAAAACCUGAUGAGGCACCCAAAGGGCCGACGAGACCCACGGAGCAGAGGCCAGCCGCGGGUAGACCCAGUCGACCCGCGGAUAAGGCUCAGAAACCGACGAAACCUGUGCAAGCCGACGACAAGCCGCGACGGGGAGAUCAGACUCCAGACUCACUCGACGAAGACGACGUUCGACCCGCGCCGAUACCCGAUAUACUCUCCAAAAUCCCUCUGAAGGAACAAUGCAUCUGCGAGCUUUGUACCUGCGGGCGUCAUCGUUGUCCGCACAACUACCCCGACGAACACAUAGAUAUAUCACACGAUGAAUCGAUCCACGCGGUGAGCUCCUAUCGGCAAGAGUACGAUGAGAAACGCGUAGACAGACAGACGAGAUACUAUCAUGAGGACCAACUGCAUAUAGGCGGCGAAUUUACCGGGGAGAGGCGAACCGAUUAUGUGGCUACCAAGGGCGAGAGAGCGCCCGUCAAGAAGCCGCAGGAUCACCUCAAACCCGAGGGUGAAUUCGUCGGGAGGCCAAAGCAGGAGGCGCCCACGAGAGGCGAAAGGGCACCUGUGAAGAAGCCGCAGGACAAUCUGAAGCCGGAAGGCGAAUUCAUCGGCAAACCGCGGGAGGAAGCGCCGAAGUAUGGCGAACGAGCACCGAUCACGAAGCCGCGGGAUACCUUGAAAUUCGAAGGAGACUUCGACACUACCACGACGACCGAGCUGGUCUUCACCGGAACUCCCGGCGAACGACCGAGCCCGAUCCGCCGCAACACUUAUACGAAAGUAGAGGGUGAUUUCAUCGAUGAAACAACUACACGAUCCCAGUACGUCGAUCAUCGCAGUAUUCAACGUGCUGAGAUCGUCAGGCGAACGGAUAACCUCACUGUGGGAGAGGGUGAAUUCACGGGUACCUCUCAUGUCAAGGAGGAUUUCCAGACCCAUGUUGUCGAACGUGAGCCUCAAUGGCGACCCAAAUAUCCCGAGGAGACCGAUCGGUUCUACGGCAAGACCGACAUCAUAGAUAGCACUACCACCAGCCAGCAACAAUAUCGUACCUUCGACCAGACGGAUUAUAAAAGUACCACUGUAGUUAGAAGAGCUGACAAUCUGAGACCUGAAGGACCCUUCGAGGCAUUACCACACACCAAGGAUGAUUACAUAGCACCAAUAUUACCGCGCAGACCAGAGCCACGAAAACCAAAAGAUAAUUUAAAACCCGAAGGAUCAUUCGAAGGGCAACCUAAAGAUGAUUACAGACCAACGAGAGGAGAGCGAGCUGACGUUAAGCGUCCCGAAGAUAAUCUAAGACCAGAAGGACCGUUCGAAGGACGUCCUAAAGAUGAUUAUUCGCCUAAACGCGGCGAAAGACCUGAAGUAAAACGGCCUGAAGAUAAUUUGCGUCCUGAAGGACCGUUCGAAGGCCGACCUAAGGAUGAUUAUAGACCAACUAGAGGUGAACGCGCUGACGUGAAACGUCCUAAAGAUAAUUUAAGACCGGAAGGACCAUUCCAGGGUCGUCCUAAGGAUGAUUAUAAACCAACGAGAGGAGAGCGAGCUGAUGUUAAGCGUCCCGAAGAUAACCUAAGACCCGAAGGACUAUUCGAAGGUCGUCCUAAGGAUGAUUACAAACCGACCAGAGGUGAGCGCGCAGACGUGAAACGGCCUGAGGAUAAUUUAAGGCCGGAAGGACCAUUCGAGGGUCGUCCUAAGGAUGACUUCUCUCCGAAAAGAGUAGAUCGUCCAGAAGUAAAACGUCCUGAAGAUAACUUGAGACCCGAAGGACCAUUCGAGGGUCGUCCUAAGGAUGAUUAUAAGCCAACCAGAGGUGAACGCGCAGAUGUGAAGCGUCCUGAAGAUAAUUUGAGACCGGAAGGACCAUUCGAGGGCCGUCCUAAGGAUGAUUAUAAGCCAACCAGAGGUGAACGCGCAGAUGUGAAGCGUCCUGAAGAUAAUUUGAGACCGGAAGGACCAUUCGAGGGCCGUCCUAAGGAUGAUUAUAAGCCAACCAGAGGUGAACGCGCAGAUGUGAAGCGUCCUGAAGAUAAUUUGAGACCGGAAGGACCAUUCGAGGGCCGUCCUAAGGAUGAUUAUAAGCCAACCAGAGGUGAGCGCGCAGAUGUGAAACGUCCUGAGGAUAAUUUGAGACCGGAAGGACUAUUCGAGGGACGUCCUAAGGAUGAUUACAAACCAACUAGAGGUGAACGCGCAGAUGUAAAACGUCCUGAGGAUAAUUUGAGACCCGAAGGUCCAUUCGAGGGCCGUCCUAAGGAUGACUUCUCCCCGAAAAAAGCGGAUCGUCCAGAAGUGAAACGUCCUAAAGAUAAUUUGAGACCCGAAGGUCCAUUCGAGGGACGUCCUAAGGAUGAUUACAAACCAACUAGAGGUGAACGCGCAGAUGUAAAACGUCCUGAGGAUAAUUUGAGACCCGAAGGUCCAUUCGAAGGUCGUCCUAAGGAUGAUUACAAACCAACUAAAGGCGAACGUGCAGAUGUGAAACGUCCUGAGGAUAAUUUGAGGCCGGAAGGACCAUUCGAGGGCCGUCCUAAGGAUGACUUCUCUCCGAAAAGAGCGGAUCGUCCAGAAGUGAAACGACCGAAAGAUAACUUACGACCUGAGGGUGACUUUAUAGAUCGUCCGAAAGAUCAGUAUACACCUGGUGAGAAACGUACACCAAUUAGACAUCCGGAUAAUCUGCAUCCAGAAGGUGAUUUUGAGAGACCCCAAUUAAUACCUUAUGGUCCCGGCGACAGAGCUUCCAUCGUGCGUCACCCGGACAAUCUGUUUCCGAUUGGAGAAUUUCCAGAUAAGGAGGUUGAGCCUUUCCGACCAGCUGAGCGUAGAACACCUAUCAAACACGACGAUAACCUUCGUCCGGAAGGCGACUUUAUAGGGAAACCCAAGGAUGAUUACAGGCCGACUAAAGGAGAACGCGCUGAUGUUAAAAGACCAGAGGAUAAUUUGAAACCAGAGGGACCAUUCGAGGCUUGGCCUAAAGAUGAUUACAGCCCCAAAAGAGCGGAACGUCCAGAGGUGAAGAAACCGCAAGACAAUCUAAAGCCGGAAGGACUGUUUGAAGGACGACCUAAAGAUGACUUUAAACCAACUAAAGGAGAUCGUGCAGAUGUUCGACGUCCGGAAGAUAACUUACGACCCGAGGGACUCUUCGAAGGGCGACCAAAAGAUGAUUAUUUACCUAAGCGUGCCGAACGUCCUGAAGUAAAACGUCCAGAGGAUAACUUACGACCAGAAGGUCUAUUCGAAGGCCGCCCGAAAGACGAUUAUAGGCCGACUAAAGGAGGUAGAGCGGAUGUUAAACGGCCGGAAGAUAACUUGCGACCGGAAGGACCUUUCGUGGGACGCCCGAAGGAUGAUUAUUCGCCCAAACGUGCCGAACGGCCUGAAGUAAAACGACCAGAAGACAAUCUACGUCCCGAAGGUGUCUUUGAGAGACCAGAGAAAGAACCCAUUGGUCCAGCGGAGAGACGCAGUCCCAUUAAACAUCCGGAUAAUCUAAAACCCGAAGGUGAUUUUGAGCGACCUGAUCAAGAAGUUUAUCAUCCGGCAGAGCGGCCAACAGUUAAAAAACCAAUAGACAAUCUGAAGCCCGAAGGUGACUUCGAAAGACCUCGUCCUAAGGAAUAUACCCCAGCGGAGAAACGAACGCCCGUGAGACACCCAGACAAUCUUAAGCCGGAAGGAGAAUUCGUUGGCAAGCCCAUAGACGUCACGCCUACUAAAGGCGACCGCGGGGAUGUUAAACGGCCGGAAGAUAACUUAAGACCGGAAGGACUGUUCGAAGGACGCCCGAAAAACGAUUACUUGCCCAAACGCGCUGAACGUCCUGAGAUAAAACGCCCAGAAGACAACUUACGACCAGAAGGCUCAUUCGAAGGACGUCCAAAGGACGAUUACAAGCCCACUAAAGGAGAUCGAGCGGAUGUUAAACGACCGGAAGACAAUUUAAGACCCGAAGGACCGUUCGAGGGACGCCCGAAGGACGACUACUCACCGAAACGUGCCGAGCGUCCUGAAGUGAAACGUCCGGAGGAUAAUCUGCGUCCCGAAGGUGAUUUUGAGAGACCAGAGAAGGCUCCUGUCGGGCCAGCAGAGAGGCGAACUCCGAUUAAACAUCCAGAUAACCUUAAACCGGAAGGCGAAUUCGUCGGAAGACCCAAAGAAGAUUUCACUCCCACUAAAGGCGAUCGCGCGGAUGUUAAAAGACCGGAAGAUAAUCUAAGACCAGAGGGGCCAUUUGAAGGUAGGCCGAAAGACGACUAUAGACCGGUGCGCGGAGAACGCGUCGACAUCGUCAAACGUACGGAUAAUUUGCGCAUGGAAGGAGACAUCGAGACAUACAGAUCCAGAGAUGAAUACACCGACUUCCUUAUACGCGAGAGAAGCGAAAUCACGCGCUACGAAGACAAUUUGCGUAUGGAGGGUGAGUUUAUCGAUACGAGAACGCGAGACGACUUUAAAGUCGUAAGAGGCGAACGCGUGGACAUUGUUAAACAUCUCGACAAUUUGAGGCCAGAAGGUGCGUUUGAAGGUCGCCCAAAGGACGAUUAUAUGCCUAAAAGAGCUGAGAGACCCGAGAUCAAGAAACCGGAAGACAACUUGAAACCAGAAGGUGACUUUGUACGUCGGCCCAAAGAGGAGGUGCCUAAGAAAGGCGAGAGAGCUGAUAUUAAGAAGCCGAAAGAUAAUUUACGACCAGAAGGUGAUUUCGAAAGACCGGAGAAGAAACCAAUUAGCCCAGCAGAGAGGCGUUCUCCAAUUAAACAUGCAGACAAUCUGAAGCCGGAAGGUGAAUUUGAGAGACCUAAGCCUGAAGAGUUUAAGCCCGCGGAUAGACCAGUGGUGAAGAAACCCCACGAUAACUUGAAGCCAGAAGGCGAAUUCGUCUCCAGACCGAAGGAAGAGGCGCCAAAGAAAGGCGAUCGAGCUGAUGUGAAAAAGCCCAAGGAUAAUCUGCGUCCUGAAGGCGACUUCGAGAGACCGGAAAAGGCGCCUAUUGGUCCAGCAGAGAGACGUACUCCCAUUAAACAUGCGGAUAAUCUGAAGCCAGAAGGUGAAUUUGAGAGACCUAAACCUGAAGAAUUUAAACCCGCGGAAAGACCAGUGGUGAAGAAACCGCACGACAACCUGAAGCCAGAAGGUGAGUUCGUCACGAGACCAAAAGAAGAGGCGCCAAGAAAAGGCGAUCGAGCUGCCGUGAAGAAACCCAAGGACAAUCUGCGUCCUGAAGGCGAUUUCGAGAGGCCGGAAAAGGCGCCUAUUGGUCCAGCGGAAAGACGUACUCCAAUUAAACAUCCGGAUAAUUUAAGACCCGAAGGCGAAUUCGAACGACCUGAUCAGGAAGCUUACCGUCCGGCUGAAAGGCCGGAAGUCAAGAAACCAGUGGAUAAUUUGAAGCCAGAAGGCGAGUUCGAAAGACCUCUUCCGGAAAAAUAUGCUCCAGCCGAAAAACGAACGCCAGUGAAACAUCCAGAUAACCUCAAACCUGAAGGAGAAUUUGUCGGUAGACCCAAAGAAGAUUUUACUCCCACCAAAGGUGAUCGUGCGGAUGUUAAGAGACCAGAAGAUAAUCUAAGACCAGAGGGGCCAUUUGAAGGCAGACCGAAGGACGACUAUCGACCAGUGCGUGGAGAACGUGUGGACAUUGUAAAGCACACCGACAAUUUGCGUAUGGAAGGAGAUAUUGAGACGUACAGAUCGAGAGACGAGUACACUGACUUCCUGAUACGCGAGAGAAGUGAAAUCACACGCUACGAAGACAACUUGCGUAUGGAAGGCAAAUUCAUUGACACGAGGACGCGAGACGAUUAUAAAGUCGUGAGAGGCGAACGCGUGGACAUUGUUAAACAUCUCGACAAUUUAAGGCCAGAAGGUCCGUUCGAAGCUCGUCCAAAAGACGAUUAUUCACCUAAGAGAGCCGAGAGACCCGAGAUCAAAAAGCCGGAAGACAACUUGAAACCGGAAGGCGACUUUGUACGUCGGCUCAAGGAAGAGGCGCCUAAGAAAGGCGAGAGAGCUGAUAUUAAAAAGCCGAAAGAUAAUUUACGACCAGAAGGUGAUUUCGAAAGACCGGAGAAGAAACCAAUCGGCCCAGCGGAGAGACGUUCCCCGAUUAAACAUACUGAUAACUUAAAACCGGAAGGAGAGUUCGAGAGACCGAAACCUGAAGAAUUCAAGCCUGCGGAAAGACCAGUCGUGAAGAAACCGCACGAUAAUCUGAAGCCAGAAGGUGAGUUCGUUACGAGACCGAAAGAAGAAGCACCGAAGAAAGGCGAUCGAGCUGACAUGAAGAGGCCCAAAGACAAUCUGCGUCCUGAAGGCAAUUUCGAGAGGCCGGAAAAGGCGCCUAUUGGUCCAGCGGAAAGGCGCAGUCCAAUUAAACAUCCAGAUAAUUUGAAACCCGAAGGGGAGUUUGACCGACCUGAUCAGGAGACUUACCGUCCGGCUGAAAGACCAGAAGUCAAGAAACCAGUGGAUAACCUGAAACCAGAAGGUGAAUUUGAAAGACCUCGUCCAGAAAAAUAUGCUCCAGCCGAAAAACGAACGCCGGUGAAACAUCCGGAUAACCUCAAGCCUGAAGGUGAAUUCGUUCGCAGACCCAAAGAAGAUUUUACUCCCACCAAAGGUGAUCGUGCGGAUGUUAAGAAACCGGAAGAUAAUCUAAGACCAGAAGGGCCAUUCGAAGGCAGACCGAAGGACGACUAUCGACCAGUGCGUGGAGAACGCGUGGACAUUGUAAAGCACACCGACAAUUUGCGUAUGGAAGGAGACAUUGAGACGUACAGAUCGAGAGACGAGUACACUGACUUCCUGAUACGCGAGAGAAGUGAAAUCACACGCUAUGAAGACAAUUUGCGUAUGGAGGGUGAGUUUAUCGAUACGAGAACGCGAGACGACUUUAAAGUCGUAAGAGGCGAACGCGUGGACAUUGUUAAACAUCUCGACAAUUUGAGGCCGGAGGGUCCGUUUGAAGGUCGCCCAAAGGACGAUUAUAUGCCUAAAAGAGCCGAGAGACCCGAGAUCAAGAAGCCGGAAGAUAACUUGAAACCAGAAGGUGACUUUGUACGUCGACCCAAAGAGGAGGUGCCUAAAAAAGGCGAGAGAGCUGAUGUUAAAAAGCCGAAAGAUAAUUUACGACCAGAAGGUGAUUUCGAAAGACCGGAGAAGAAACCAAUUGGUCCAGCGGAGAGGCGUUCUCCGAUUAAACACGCAGACAAUCUGAAGCCGGAGGGUGAAUUUGAGAGACCGAAACCUGAAGAAUUCAAACCUGCGGAAAGACCGAUCGUGAAGAAACCUCACGAUAACUUGAAGCCAGAAGGCGAGUUUGUUUCGAGGCCGAAAGAAAAGGCGCCAAAGAAAGGCGAUCGAGCUGACGUGAAAAAGCCUAAGGACAAUCUGCGUCCUGAAGGCGAUUUCGAAAGACCGGAAAAGGCGCCUAUUGGUCCAGCAGAGAGACGUUCUCCCAUUAAACACGCGGAUAAUCUGAAACCGGAGGGUGAGUUUGAGAGACCGAAACCUGAAGAAUUUAAACCCGCGGAAAGACCAGUCGUGAAGAAACCGCACGACAACCUAAAGCCAGAAGGUGAGUUCGUCACGAGACCAAAAGAAGAGGCGCCAAGAAAAGGCGAUCGAGCUGCCGUGAAGAAACCCAAGGACAAUCUGCGUCUUGAAGGCGAUUUCGAGAGGCCGGAAAAGGCGCCUAUUGGUCCAGCGGAAAGACGUACUCCAAUUAAACAUCCGGAUAAUUUAAGACCCGAAGGCGAAUUCGAACGACCUGAUCAGGAAGCUUACCGUCCGGCUGAAAGACCGGAAGUCAAGAAACCAGUAGAUAACUUGAAACCAGAAGGUGAAUUUGUCUCGAGACCGAAGGAAGAGGCGCCUAGAAAAGGUGACAGAGCUGAAGUAAAGAAGCCUAAAGAUAAUCUCAAGCCCGAGGGUGACUUUGAGAGACCGGAGAAGGCACCGAUCGGUCCUGCUGAGCGACGUUCUCCGAUUAAACAUCCGGAUAACUUGAGACCGGAAGGUGACUUUGAGCGGCCGAAGCACGAAGGGUACCAGCCGACAGAGAGACCUCGCGUGAAAAAGCCGACGGAUAAUCUCAAGCCAGAAGGCGACUUCGAGCGACCGCAGCCGAAGAAGAUUAAGCCAGGUGAGAAGAGGACGCCGAUCAAGCAUCCCGAUAAUUUGAAGCCGGAAGGCGAGUUUGUCGGUCGUGCGCGGGAGGACGCUCCUCAACGUGGUGAACGGGCCGAUGUCAGAAAGCCGCAAGAUAAUCUGCGGCCGGAAGGUGACUUCGAGAGGCCGGAGAAGAAAGCGGUUGGUCCGGCGGAAAGGAGGACUCCGAUCAAGCAUGCGGAUAACUUGAAGCCGGAAGGUGAAUUUGUGGGUAAACCUAAAGAAGAGGCUCCAAAGAGAGGAGAUCGAGCAGACGUGAGGAGACCCACGGAUAAUCUCAAGCCUGAAGGGGACUUCGAGAGACCCGAGAAAGCUCCGAUCGGGCCCGGGGAGAGACGUUCUCCGAUUAGACAUCCCGAUAACUUGCGACCCGAGGGUGAAUUCGCGACUCGUCCGAAGAAAGAGACACCACUCAAAGGUGAGAGAGCGGAAGUGACUAAGCCGAAGGAUAAUUUACGACCGGAAGGUGAGUUCGAGAGGCCUCAGAAGUCGCCGAUUGCACCAGCGGAACGGCGCAUGCCCAUCCGACACGAGGACAACUUAUAUCCGGAAGGCGACUUCGUCGGGCGACCGAAGGAUGACUUCGUUCCGCGACGUGCUGACCGACCGGUCCAAAAGAAGCCUAAGGACAACUUAAAACCGGAAGGCGAAUUCGUGGGCAGACCCAAGGACGAUUACAAACCGACCAAAGGGGAAAGAACAGAAGUCGUAGUGCAUCGUGAUAACCUGAAGAUGGAGGGCGACAUAGACGUUUACCGAUCGCGCGACGAUUACGUCGCCACGACCAAGCGCGAGCGCGUAGAUAUCGUUCACCGCGAUGACAACUUGAAAAUCGAAGGCGAGUUCGUUGAUAUUUAUCGGCGAGACGACUAUCGCGCCACUCGCGGCGAGCGCAGCGAGAUCGUCAGACGUGAGGAUAAUCUCCGUCCCGAGGGUGACUUCGAGCGUCCGGAGAAGUCACCAAUCGGUCCCGCGGAAAGAAGGUCUCCCAUCAAACAUCCUGACAACCUGAAACCGGAAGGUGACUUUGCGCAACGGCCAAAGGAAGCCGCACCUGUCAAGGGUGAUCGAGCCACCGUGAAAAAGCCGCGAGACAAUUUGAAGCCCGAAGGUGAAUUCGAGAGACCAACCAAGUCACCUGUCGGCCCCGGCGAACGACGAUCGCCCAUCAAACAUCCCGACAAUCUGCAUCCGGAGGGCGACUUUGUCGGCAGACCGAAGAAAGAUGCGCCGCUGAAGGGUGACCGAGCAGAUGUGAAGAAACCGAAAGACAACCUUCGACCUGAGGGAGAUUUCGCGAAACGUACGCCGAAGAAGGUGGAGGCAGCCGAGCGCAGGACUCCAAUCAGACACGAGGACAAUCUACAUCCAGAGGGAGACUUUUACAUGACGCCUAAAGACGAUUUCACUCCGAAGAAAGGAGAUCGCUUACCAGUCAAGAGACCGCAGGACAAUCUUCGUCCCGAGGGCGAAAUGGAAGUGUCAGUCUCCUCGAAGGACGACUACAAAUACGUUAACGGCGAACGCGUGGAAGUGCGUCGGCACGAGGAUCACCUGCGGAUGGAGGGACAGAUGGACGUUCGUCGUUCAAGAGAUGAUUACAAGAAGCUCACGACGAGAGUGGAGAAAGUGGACGUGAAGAGGCGCGAGGAUAAUCUCAGAAUGGAGGGCGAAUUUAUCGAUGUGCGUCGCAAGGAUGACUACACGCAUAUGGUCGGCGAACGCGUUCCUAUCAAGAAGCAUCCGGACAAUCUGCGCCCGGAAGGGGACUUCGACAUGCCUCAGAAGACAGUGAUCGGCCCCGCGGAGAGAAGGUCACCGAUUAAACAUCCGGACAAUCUCAAACCGGAGGGUGAUUUCGAGCGUAGGACUCCGGGCAAGAUUGGCCCAGGCGAGCGACGAUCGCCGAUACGUCACGCUGACAACCUGAAGCCGGAAGGCGACUUCAUUGGACGUCCGCGCGACGACUUCACACCUAAGCGCGCGGAGAGGGCCGAGGUUGUGAGGAGAGAGGACAAUCUGAGGAUGACGGGCGAUUUCGAGGGCACAACAUCGCACAAAUCGACCUAUACGCUCGUGCGCGGCGAGCGCGCAGACAUCAAGUCUCACGAGGACAACCUGAGAAUUAGCAGCGGCGCGAUGGAAACGAAGACCACCAGCAAGGAUACGUACACACCUUCGCGACGGGAACUGUCACCCAUUGGGAAAACGGUGAAUCGCCGGAGGCACAUGGAAUCGUCCAUCACACUCGGCGAUGACACCGCCGUGAUGACCACGACGAAUCAGCGCAACUACAAUACGUACACGAAGCGCGCGGGUAAGGACAUCGCCGCGAAAAUGAGCAAGAUAGAGUCCGACAGCAGGAAGAGCGUGGAAUCGCAGACUCUCGCAGAUGGAACAGCCGUGACGACCAUGCGACGAACGACAACUUCCGCUCAGUCCGAUCAAAGAGCGGCCAGAGAUGUCCAAACUAUCAGCCAUCAGCAACAGACUCAGCAGCAAGUCGCCGACCGUCGCGCGAUCCAAGCGAUCGACGCUAUCACGGACUCGCGAAAGACGAGCGAGUUGCACUCACGAUCGCAGAACCUCGCGCAAACUCGUCGAACACUCGAGGAUAGAUCGAUCACGGAGGCGCAUAGUCACCGCGGGCAGAUCCUGCGGGAAGACAUGUCUCGUUAUGCGACCGACGCCACGCACGGCGAGCACCAUCGGCAACACCAGCAACACGUCGAGCGUCAUCAGCAGGAAAUGAGCAAGCGCGACUACGUGAACACGCAACAUAUGGAGAGCCGACAGACCGUCGCGCGGUCUUCAGCGAAGCAACACGAACAGCACACGCACUCCAAUCAGGCGCAUUACCACACGACGCAAUCGAGCAGCCCGGAAUUCCGCCAAGUGAUCAACGGGCAAAGCACGGAACGAUCGCAAGUAGACUCGGGCACGAGGGUCAGCCAUCACCGCAAGAACGUGAUAUCCUCCUCGUCGGCCGACGUGAGCAACGCGGUGCUCCAUCGUCGUGGCGCCGCCGCCUCCUCCACCGAGGCGCUUCACACGAUCUCGUCCACGGCGGCGGAUCAACGCAAGAGCAUCUCGAAUCUGGCUGAGAGCGGCCAAUACAUCAGCAACUCGAGUCAGAGCAGCGACAGGCGCAGCCUGACCUCGCUGCACCGCAGCACGAAGGACGUGAAUCCUUGGGCGGCCUCCAGCUAUGAACGUCCGCAGAGAAUCAUCCGGCAAGACAACCUGACUGUCGGCGGCAAGUUCUACUCGCAGAGCGAGGCGAAGAACUACGGCAACUUCUCGAACACUCAGAGAGUCGAGAGAGUGCAGAGACAAAGCAACGUGUCCCACAUUAAUUUAGGUGCUGACAGCGGCACCGUCACCUCUAGCAUGUACAAGAGGGAAUAUGUACCCAGGCACAGAGGACCCUGUCCAGCCUCUCUUUUAGAGGCCAAACAGGCGCCCUUCAAGCACACUAGAGACACGCCGAAGCACAAGUUCUACCUGCCCGUUAUAUCCAACUGAAUCGCCCUGUCGAAUCGAAUCUGAUGUUCUCUUCGUCAUAUUUUCUUUCAAAUCGAAUGCGAUAACAUCGGGACAUUAAAGAAUCACGAAAAGCGCGAAUUAAUGUACAUUUGUUAUUACAGUAACUCGAUCAAGUUAUAUCUUAUUACAUCGACCAUUGGGAGUGAAGUUACGUUAAAACAUAGUGAAUUCCAGUAAUUCGAGUAUGUCAGAGUACAAAUUCAAGUAGAGUUUACUUUCGAGCUGCUCGGACUUUGCCAUGACUGAUGAUCUGAGAGUGAAAAACCGUCUCGAAUAAUGCGGGCUGUCACGUGAACUCGCGUUAUUGAAAAACUCAUUUGUAUCGUAAUCAUUGAAACGUCAUUGUAAAAGUAAACUGGAUCGCGGAAACAUACGAUCGUUUUUAAAAUUGCAAUAUUAACGAAUAAGAUUUCCCUCAUCGUGAUAAACUGCUCUUGCGCGGCAAUAUUAAAUAUAUAAUCUGCUGAAAAAUAUACGUAUAUGUACGCAUAUAUAUACAUAUAUACAUAUAUAAUUAUGUACACCCCGGUGGUAUGUGCUGUCCUCUUUUAGGACGCGACCGCGAGCGAAAGUAUAAUAAUUAUACGGUCGAUAAUCGCUAACUUUUAUCUGCCGACGCGCAGAUGCUGUUAUGGAUUCCUUUCUUCUUGAAACACGUGUAUACAAAGCAAUAACUAGAGCUUAAAUCCGUGAUACGGUCGGAUCUAACGGAGGAUUAGUUUCGUCCAAUUAGGAUGUAGUACACGCAUUAUAUUAUUCUAUUACGCUGACAUCAUCAUAUAAGGUUUUAUAUGACAAUGAAUUCUUUGCGCUUGUGUUUUAUUUAAUUUUUUUUCAGCUUGUUUUACUGUGUUAUGCAUUAUUUAGCGUUAUGUUCUGCAAGAGAUAUAUUCUCAGCAAUAUACACCGAGUUAAACGGAGGUUAUGCGCCUUUUCUUUCCUUUACGUUUCUCCGUCAAUUAACGCCCGUUGCUAAUGGGUGAAUUAUCUGCUGGAUGUUGGUUUAUUUACUUUAUUCACCGAACAUUUAUUUUAAUUGAAUAAAAGCGUUUCGCAAUGAUUUCUUGA